GAGUCUGCCUUCUGAACCGGUGAGUGAACCUGCAAAACAGGGUAGAAGCUAACCGGACGGUGGUUGUCCGAUUAACUCUCCGAUGCUAAAGUCAGUUUAGAGCUUUGAGCAGCGUUUUGAGUAUAUGAAUGUAAUUGUGAUUCUAGGCAUACCUCGUGCUCCUUUUAUAGUAGUCGAAUAUACCUAGUAGAGUUGUAUUAGGUAGGUGAAUCCUACUUUGUAGGGAUUCGGCCGUAUCUUAAGGAUUCUCCUGAUUUGUCGAGAUCUACCUUAAUCUGAUAAGAGUCCUAUUUAGGAACGUCUUCCUAAAUAGUCUUAUCUUCCUAAAGUAGAGCUUAUCCUUCCAUAUGUAGUGUUUGUGUCCAAAUAGGACAAGGUUUCUAUAUUUAGUCGUGUAUCCGAAUCCCGGACCUGACGCGCUCUUGGCGGAUCAUGUGGGAUUCGGUCUUUAUUAGUGUAUUACCGAAUCUUAGAGAUUCGGUAUCUCCUUCAUAUCUUUCCGUCUUCAGGGGGAGUCCGGUGUCGCCUGAGAGUGGAUCUCCUGCAACUCGGCUCCAUUAUACUUACAGUAGGAUUCGGUAUCCAUCAUUAGCCCCCCCGCAAGUGAGCUGAAGUAGUUUGGCAUUUAUGCCUUAGUGGAUUUUAGCUCUUUUGGAGCUGAGUUCUUUUAUGCGGGCGAGUCGCUUUGCAUUCCGGGCGAGUCGUUUCAUAUGUUUGUGGGUGACGUUUCUUCUUUAGUAAGAUUCUGUGUUGCCACGUGUCGGCAUUUAAUGAUUUAAACGGUUAAUGAUUCAAAAGCAUUUUGUAUUUAAUCUCUUCGCAUUUCUUCUUUUCCCUCUUACUUUGCUUUUCGAAUUUACUCUCAUUUCUUGUAGCUAUUUCCUUUUCGUUCUUCGUUUGAUUGUUUGAUUCUUCGUGACUUGUUUUCUCCAGAUUUUACAGGUAUGUUUUCUUUCGUCGUUUGGAUGUUAAUAUGGCUUUCUUCUUUGUAUAUUCUCCAUGCUUUAUAUUCUGGAAAUUUCUUCUGUACUUGUUGUUCUUUGAUGUGUUCUUCAACGUGUUCUUCAAUAUAUUUUUUGUUUGAUCCUUAUUUUGUGUUUAUGUUUGUGAUUCCCUGUUCUAGGAUGCCUCUUAGUCGAGUGGAAGAUGCUUGCGCUGCUAUGGCUUUUACCCGAUCGAAGCUUCGUAGGGAUGAAGUCUUAGAUAUCUAUUUUAAGUAUAGUUUUCCUUUUGAUUAUAGGGUAAUAUUACCCGGUGCCGAUAUGGCUGCGUCUGACUCUCCCGGAUCUUCUUGUAGGGCGGUUCUUUUUGAAGAGCAAUUUGCUGCUGGUCUUAGGUUUCCUUUGGAUCCCUUUUUAGUAGAAGUGUGUAGGGAUUUAAAGGUUGCUCUAGGGCAACUUUACCCUGGUACGAUUAGAGUAGUGCUUGCCUUUUCGGAGGCAUGUAGGCUCCGGGGCUGUGCCCCUUCUCUCAAAGUGUUAUAUCAUUUUGUAGACUUUAGGAAGUGUGAUGGCUGCUUCGUUUUCGCCCUUGGUAGAGAAGGGCGAUCUCGUAUUUAUCUUCCUUGCCUAACCAGUCGCUGGCGAAGGCGCUUCUUUAUUGUCUAUCAUAAAUUUGCUUUUCUUCAUUUUUCGGAUGGUUUUUCUUCUCAUCCAGUUCGGAGCUAUUCUUCUCCUUUAAGUUUAUCCGAGUCAAAGCUUGCUUUUGACAUAUCUUCCUGUAGUAUUGUGUCGCGUCCCCUUUUAGAUGUCUUGGUUAAUAGUCAUCUUCGGAGUCGAUGGUUUCCUUUGGAGGAUCCUCCUCGAGGCUUGGCGGAUCUUUGCUACUCUUUUGUUCAAGAUUUGGACGUUCCGAUGGGUGGUCCUGACGUUCCUAUCGCCGACGUUAUUCCUGGCGACAUUGUCGUGGAUGGGGCUCCUGUUGAUAUCCCCCUAGCUCCCGCCGAGGUAGCGUUGCCUGAGGUUAUUGUUAUAAAUGAUGAUGAUGGUGAUGACUCGGCUGUUCCAGUCGGCGACGAGGCGAUUCCGUCACUACUCCCCCCUCUAGCAUCAUCUAUCGUUUCGGGGGGAGUUGGGGGUGUGGCCUCAGAGGGGCCUGUUGUUGCUGAUUCGGGGGAGAUUUCUUUAGGUCGAGACCCGGAUUCUCCGUCUAGAAAAAGACGUCGAGUUGUCGAUGAUUCUCCUACGAGGGAGAGUUUUCCUGGAAGCUCUUCUUCUGCUCCAGACUUGGUUCAAUGGGUCGAAGGUCAGGAUCCUGCCAGUUUGCUGAAUCCGAGAGUGCUAGCGGAAUAUAUCCGGACUUUGGCGAUUCCUGAUGAUGUCACGUGGUUCUGUGGUAGGCCGGGUCAGGAGCUUUCCGAUCUGGCUUGUUUUCAUGGUUUCUCUGUAAGUGCUUUCUUUCUUGAGUAUAAUAUGUUUUUUGUAUUCAGUUGCUUUCUUAUUUGUUUAUUUCUGGUGUGUAGGCCCUUCAAUCUGUUCUGGUAUUGAACGACCGCCGACAGUGUGCCGAGGAGGAGGUCGAGCGUCUGUCUGCUCUUUUGGCGACUUCCGAGUCUGAAAGGGCGAAGUUGAAGGCCUCUUUGG